CCUAUGGAGGCUGGGAGAGCAGUACCGCAAACAAAAUAUUUCAAAUUCUAAAAGCAGCCGGUCGAACUGCAGUGAAGUGGAAUCGGAGCUGAAACACCCCAAGCGCGAGAAAGACUGGCCCGCCACUGCGUUAAGAGGAUACCGGUAUAGUUUUGUCAAACACAUCAUAUUAGGCGAUUUCUGAAGCUGAGCCUGCGAAGCACUCUUCCCUUUUCACUUUUUGGAGCGCAGUGGGCAGAUUUAAUUAAUGCUGUGGUGUAUGUUGACUAUAUAUUAUAAGUUAAAUGGUAUUUUGGAGACCUUAGCAUUGAGAAAAUAAAUAUUGGAGGACCUGACCAGUCGGACAUCGAAAAAAAAAAACAAUACAUGAGAGGACUGUUAUGAAGAGGGAUUGAAAAAGGACGACGCAAAAGGCUGUAACGCUUUGAAGUUGGCGAGACCCGACAUCAAUCUCUGACCGAAUUUCAAUAGGCCCACGGAAUUAAUUAUUGGAUACUUCGGACGGAACCGCUAAUGUUCGUUUUAUGUAAAUGGUGAACAAUAGAUAUUUACAUGUAGGCUAUUAUUAAAACCAAGCUAAACGCAGUACCCUGGGAAGUCCAUUCACAGGAAUAUAUAGCGGUGUAAUACAGACGGAAAUAGACUACUACGGAUCAACAUUAUACAAAAAAAUAUUUCCGAAGAGACGUUUGAAUUUCCUCUGAAAUGGACUGACAUCGAUUAACACCAAACAUAUCUCGAUAAGAUAAUGACCGGCAAUUUAUAGGCUGUGUUAUAAAAUAAAUGAACAUUUACUUAAACACUUUAUUGGGACUUCAUAUUUGAGAAAAUGCAUAACGAUAAGUAACUGUUGGUUGUUCAUGUGGGCAAGAUUCAUUCCGAAAGUGGUGUGAUAUCCUCUCUUCUGAGAAUUGAGUGUCCCUAAUCCGGUACCGGAGGCAUCUCGUGGUAACUCGGUAACUGCGGGAAGGCAGGAGUGCAGUUUGGAGAUAUCAGCAAAUAAACACACAUAAAAAAUGUGGCUGCGAAUUCUUCCCCAGGUGUUGACCAUCUGGGCAGUGGUGAUCUCCGUGACAACGGCUGACCUGACCUGUGAUACACUGCUCCUGCUGUCCACCAAUCUCACUGCACGUACAUUGGCACUGUGGAAUCUGACCCUCACGCCCAGCAAUGUCACUGCCGGCCUGUUCUGUAACAUGUCCAUCGAUCCCAUCGGUACCUGCUGGCCCAAGAGCACUGCAGGGGAGUGGGUGUCACGGCCAUGUCCAGAGAUGUUCUAUGGUGUCAAAUACAACACCACCAACAAUGUGUACAGAGAAUGCCUUUCCAACGGGUCCUGGGCGGUGAAAGGCAACUACACCCAGUGUCAAGAGAUUCUCAAUGAGAAAAAGAGCAAGCUGCACUACCACAUAGCGGUGAUCAUAAACUACAUGGGACAUUGUAUCUCUCUGGCAGCCCUGCUGGUGGCCUUCAUCCUCUUUAUGAGGCUGAGGAGUAUCCGCUGCUUGAGAAACAUCAUCCACUGGAACCUGAUCACAGCUUUCAUCCUGAGGAACGCCACUUGGUUCGUCGUACAGCUUACCAUGAACCCUGAGGUGCACGAGAGCAAUGUGUUGUGGUGCCGGCUUGUCACGGCAGCCUAUAACUAUUUCCACGUGACAAACUUCUUCUGGAUGUUUGGGGAGGGCUGCUACCUGCAUACAGCCAUCGUGCUCACCUACUCUACGGACAAGCUACGCAAGUGGAUGUUCAUCUGCAUCGGGUGGUGUAUCCCUCUUCCAAUCAUCAUCGCAUGGGCCAUUGGCAAGCUUUACUACGACAACGAAAAGUGCUGGUUUGGGAAGAAGGCAGGAGUGUACACAGAUUACAUCUACCAGGGCCCAAUGAUCCUGGUGUUGCUGAUCAACUUUAUAUUCCUCUUCAACAUUGUGAGAAUCCUAAUGACCAAGCUGAGAGCCUCCACAACCUCAGAGACAAUACAGUACAGGAAAGCAGUGAAGGCCACUCUGGUGCUGCUGCCUCUCCUGGGCAUCACCUACAUGCUAUUUUUCGUCAACCCGGGAGGGGAGGAUGAGGUCGCCCAAAUAGUCUUCAUCUACUUCAACUCCAUCCUGGAGUCUUUUCAGGGCUUUUUCGUGUCAGUGUUUUAUUGCUUCCUGAACAGCGAGGUGCGUUCUGCAGUUAGGAAGAGAUGGCACCGCUGGCAGGACAAGCAUUCAAUCAGGGCUAGGGUGGCGCGCGCCAUGUCCAUCCCCACGUCGCCCACGCGGGUCAGCUUUCACAGCAUCAAGCAGUCCUCAGCUGUUUGAGGACCAGCAACACUCUGCUUUGGCUGAACGCCCCCUUCUAACCUCUCACCGCCAACCACCCCUCCAACAUGUCCCCCACAGAGCACCGCUUUCCCCUCUUCUCUCCAAACCAACCGAGGGAAACAGCUACCGUGAUGGUUCACACAGGGUACACUUGGUCUGUAAACACAGACCUCACAUACCCCCUCCCAGGGUGCGGUGACCUCUGUAGUCUCUCGCCUGCUAAUACAUUGAGGUACGUUCGCUCAGUGCAUUCCCUCUGGAAGCUACAGACGGUCAGGAUGACAACGGCCAAGCUAAGCAAUGUCAAGAGCUGACUUUUUGCCAAAAGGCAGCACAGGGAAUUGGUACAAUCCCUGUGGCGUUGGCAGAUUCAGCUGAGAGGUGACUUUUGAUGUCCGUUUUUUUUUUUAAAUCACGUUUGUCAGUAAGUCCAGUGUUCUCUUAUUGUUUUUUAUUCUGCAAAAUCCAGAAGUUGGAGUCCAUAUGGAUGGAGUUGGAGUCCAUAAGAAUACUCAGAAAGUGGGAAGAAAAUGGUACUGGGGCACGUGUCAAAUACAUUAUCCCUGUUGGACUAACUGACCUGUUCAAGAUCAUUGACACAAACAAUUUGAUUCUUGUUCCUUUGCAUGUUUUUAUUUCCUGUGGAGCAAUUUUUGAACUUUGAGCUGGCUAUGCUUUCUGGCGCUGCAUCAUAAAGCGAAUGACCGCCAUGGACCAUUCAUUUCAUGUCUGUCCAGACUACUGUCUCUAGUAAACAUUCUCCCAUUCCUUCCUUCUGUUUUUCUGAUGAAUUAUUAUCUUCAUAGAGACCAUGUUCUGAUGUGAAAUCUUAGGCCACCAUUGAAGAUGGAUGCCUUCCCCGUUAUCCUUACAACAACAACCAAGACAUUGUGCAAGCGGAAAAAACGUGAUGUGACAUCCAAGACUGUUACUAAUGGGAAUGAACUGUGAACAUUGGUACACACCGUCAAAUUUACCUAGAGGACAAAACAGUUGUGUUUGUGUUGCCCAGUUCUUUCAGGAAGUAAGUAUUUAGCAUAACUCUCCUCAAACUGUGAGGACUUCUUCUCCUCCCUUUCAUCUUAGCCUUUUCCUGGGACUCAAACGUAAAGUUGGCUUAGAUAU